AUGUCGGGUGCCGUAGGCCGAGAGGCAGUCUUCCCAACUCGUCAGUCCUUGGGAUUGAUGAAGAACAAGCUGAAGGGAGCUGAAGUUGGCCAUAACUUGCUGAAGAGAAAGAGUGAGGCUCUUACAAAACGUUUCCGAGAGAUCACACGCCGUAUCGAUGCUGCAAAGCAGAAGAUGGGCCGUGUCAUGCAAAUUGCGGCAUUCUCGUUAGCUGAAGUCACCUAUGCUGUGGGAGGAGACAUUGGUUAUCAGAUCCAGGAGUCCGCCAAGCAAGCCCGCUUCCGCGUGCGAUCUAAACAAGAGAACGUCUCCGGUGUUCUUUUGCCCUCAUUUGAAAGCUACACACAGGACGGGGUCAAUGACUUUGGUUUGACAGGUCUAGGCAAAGGAGGACAGCAGAUCCAACGCUGUCGGGAAACAUAUGCACGGGCUGUGGAGACACUGGUGGAACUUGCAAGUCUACAGACUGCUUUCCUGACACUGGACGAAGUCAUCAAGGUCGUCAACCGAAGAGUGAACGCUAUUGAACAUGUCAUCAUCCCUCGAACUGAGAAUACUAUCAAAUACAUUAACUCCGAACUCGAUGAGCUUGAUCGCGAAGAGUUCUACCGCCUCAAGAAGGUCUCCGCCAAGAAGAAGAGAGACGUUGCUGCUGCAGACGCAGAGAUACUUGCAGCUCGCCAAAAGGCGGCCGAGGAAUCAGCAGCAAACCCGCAGGCAGCAGCAGCUACACCCGCCAAAGAGGAAGAGUCGGCAGACGUUCUCGGCGAGAACGAAGACAACGAUGUCAUCUUCUAG